GCCCAUGGCAACUGCUGAAGGCCAGAUCAGAAGAAGCGGUGGAAAUGAAAGGCCAUUUGUGUUAUCCAGAGCAUUCUUCGCAGGAUCUCAGAGAUCUGGUGCUGUGUGGACUGGUGAUAAUUCAGCUGAAUGGGGGCAUCUAAAGAUUUCAAUACCUAUGUUACUAUCCAUAAGCAUAACUGGUGUCACAUUUAUUGGUGCUGAUGUUGGUGGCUUCUUCAAAAAUCCUGAGUUAGAACUGUUGACCAGAUGGUAUCAGGUCAGUACUAGUAUAAAACUACUAUACACUGCAAGCUUAUGGAUUUAG